AUGACUUCCUACAAAUAUCUUCCUCAAUCCAAAGAAUUAUACUCUUACAUGGGCCCACGAAAUAAGUACGCGGUGAAGAUAUCCGAUGUUCCUCAUCAAGUUCUGGUGAUCUACGACAGCGUGUAUUGUUCUGGAAGCCUCAUAUUCAGCAGGAUAGUUCUGACCGUAGCCAGCUGCUUCCGGAAAAGAAGCACGAAAGUAACCGUAAAAGUUGGCGCGAAUACUAUCACUAGUAUGGGGCAAGUUAUCCCAGUCCUUGAAAAAAAAUUUCAUGAAUAUUAUAACCAUGAAGUGCCUCUUAACAACGACAUUGCCUUAUUAUUUUUGGAGCGGAAUGUUAAUUUUGGACCAAAUACUAAAAAGGUAGUUAUAGUUGAACCAGAAGUUGCCAUUCGUGUUGGCACUUCCUUGGAUGUGACUGGAUGGGCUGGGAACAAUCUAUCUAGUAUGAAGAACAUACACCGUAUAUUGGUAUCCGAAAUGAAAGUAACUAGUGAUGAAGUAUGCCAUCAAAAGUACGGAGAUUUGAAAACUGAAUCAAAAUACUGUGCCAAAUAUCAACCGGAAUAUCGCCUUAGCGAUAAUGGUGGUUCUGCAUUAUAUAAAGACAAUGGCAUUGAUGUGUUGGUGGGUAUUUUAUCAUACGGAGCCACCAGCAACGAGGAAGCGGAGUGCAUAGCUUUGUUCACCAACAUCUCAUACUUUCACAGGUGGAUAAUUUUCAACAGCCAAAAACUCUUGAACAAACACUGUAUUGAUGAACCACUAAGCGAUUAUGCCUCGUAUGAGUCCAACGGAACUUCUGAAACGUAUGAGCUUGAGGUUGAGCGUCACCUUGAACCAGAGCAUCGGCAAUAUAUCUAA